AUGAUUCCCAUUCAUAAGCGUCCAGAAACAACUUUCUGUCUGAAUGAAAAGUUUUGGUACCCGGAAGGACAAUCUUCAACGUGGGCUGUGAUUCAAGGUACUAUGAGUCAUCCAUUUUUAUCGUUUUUUUACGGUUUUUGUUAAGGAAAGGGGAUAAAAAUCUCCAGGAGACAGCGAGGGUCAACAGUAAGGGGAAAAUUGAAGAGGGAUUCCGGCCCCGACGUAGGUUUGUUACGUGGGCCUUUUCACAGGAAAAGCGGGACACCUUUUACUUACGUGUAAGACAUCCAUGACAAUUACCAGCCUCCAAGCAAUAAGCUGUCUCGGCGAUCUCUUUUCUCGAUUCAGGAAAAUGAGUUUUCUUUUUUCUUCCCCGUGUCGUACCCCCGAGCCAACAGAAAAGAUAGAACUUGUUCGAGGGCUACCAAUUCUAUGGUCACUCACACAAGCUGGUGAAGAACCCCCAACCAAGAAAUAAAGCGAUUUUACCCAAUCUAUGACGCCUAUAACAACAAACUCAACUCCACAAAACUGCAUGCUAGCUUCAAAUUCAAGAUUAAGCAAGAACACGAAAAUUACACUACAAACACAGACAGAGAAAUGACGCAUAUCAAUGCAAACUGCCAAGCAAUUCCAUGAGCUUACUUGCCUCUCAUCAUUUGUUUUUUUCUAGGUGCUUUGACACAUUAUUUUUGCUUGGCUCAUUCCUUCUGGUCCAUGUGCUUCGUGGCCAACACCUACGCAGUGGUUGUUCACCAUAACAGAGCCGUCUUUAAACAUCCAAUCAAAAUCCACCUNACAAACACAGACAGAGAAAUGACGCAUAUCAAUGCAAACUGCCAAGCAAUUCCAUGAGCUUACUUGCCUCUCAUCAUUUGUUUUUUUCUAGGUGCUUUGACACAUUAUUUUUGCUUGGCUCAUUCCUUCUGGUCCAUGUGCUUCGUGGCCAACACCUACGCAGUGGUUGUUCACCAUAACAGAGCCGUCUUUAAACAUCCAAUCAAAAUCCACCUCAUGCAGUCUGUGUUGGGUUGGUUGGUGCCGGCGGUCGUUGUAGCCAGUUGUCUAUACUUCUGCCAGCCUGGAUACAAGUUUUACUUCAUGGACCUGAUGUCUGCGGGACCUGCCAGCUCUGAGAUGGCUUACUUUGCUAUCUCGUUGCCAUUGACUGUCACACUAGGUGUGUCCCUUUGUCUGCUGUGGUCUAUUGUGUGGCACAUUAGAAAGGUAUGGGCGUAAUCGAAACUUUUACCCUCGUAGCAAGUGAAAUAAAGGAGUGUUCACACGGGCUACAAGCGCUCAUACUUUAGACUCUUUCAGACUGGUGCGCUCCAGACAUUUUGGUUUGUCAAAAUUCAAUUAUCGCUAUUUUACGUAGAUUCAAUUUGAAACAAAGUCUUUUUGGAAGUUUACUUUUGAUUGGGUGCGUUGUAUUUCUUUCAGGCACGUUUAGAUUCAACUAAACGCGUGAUCCGUGCGAGAGAAGAGCGAGACUCCAUGCGUCGAGUGGAGCGGCAGUUCCUGAGCAUGGCGUUCUUGAUAUUGUCCGUCGUUGGGUUGGUCCUCGCAUUAGAUGCUGUUGCAAUGAACCGCGCUCGAGACUUCAUACACCAGGCUAUAGACUAUUUUGACUGUCUUCAGGUAAGAUUCCAAGAAAACGCGACGUGCGCCAGGAGACGGACUCAAGCGCUUCUCUAGGACACCAUUAACCUGCCACGUUUAGUUGCUCAUAAUGCAGCUGACUCUUUCCCAAUGGUUUCUCAGUCUUCUAUUAAUAUUGAGGUGGGAAGCGAGGGGGAGCGCGAGGAGUGAUGGGAAGGAGGAAUGAAGGGAGACCCUCUCUUUCCCUUUCGUUUUCCUCCUUCCCAUCACCCCUCGUGUUUCCUUCGGUCUCGCGUGCGAUCCAAAUAGAGAGGACUGGUGACGAGUCAGAUAAUACAGAUCUUAAGGUGGCUCUCACUAGUUCUCUCGUCAGUCAAUCUGUUGCUACGGGUGACAAGGAAGGACAUGGUAGGAAACUUGGGCCAACUUUUUCAAGUCUUCAUGUUAUGCCUGCGUAAAUCAGAAAAAUAACUACCGUAGUUAAUGCUCCUGGCGAAACUUGUUUGAUAUCUUCUUUAUAACUCACCUGGAACAUUUUGUGUAUUGGGGCGGGGGGGGGGCGAGGGGGGGAGGCACUAAGUAAGAAAUGACCUUACUACAGAAUUGACUUAAAACAGUAAUAUAUAUUCUUUUGACAUAGCGCCUUUAAGUUUCAUGCAAUAUGGAAAAGUAAGGCGCCUUAAUGUUUUUUCUUUUAAUUUCUUUUUUUUAAUUUGAUAUUUAGAUCUCAAAGGACUGCAAGUCACCUACUUACAACACCAUAGUUCCUUUAGUGAUGGUCGUAGCACCCAGCUUUGUGUGCAUCGCCUUCUUCUUCUUGUUAUUCAUGAAUAAAGAUUGCCGUCAGAUAUGGAUAAACUGCUUCAAGAAGUGUAAAACGAUUUUCGAACUAUGUAAGCCGGCCCCGGGAAGAAUACGCGCCGAUACUUAUCGCUCAAGAUGUUCUUCGACUCUCACGGUGAUCUCGGAUCGCAGGAUAUCGGAACAUUUCACUGCUGAUCAUGUUUUAAAACUAACACAUCCUCAUCUCUUUCCUGGUAGCGUGACGACAGUGAAUAUGGAGCGACCCAGAUCUUCCACGUUAAGCUUACUUCUCACGAGUCAUACGGGAGUAUGCUCAAAUGAAAAGAUUCAAGAAACAGCCUCUCAGAAUGACGUAGACAAACGAUCUAGAUGUAAUUCAGUUCCUCUGUUCGUUGCCAAUGAAAACGUUGAAGACGCGGAAAAAAUCAACUUGAAUUUGUCAUCACUGAAUUCCCCUUCACGUGAUUUGAGCGAAUUGGGAAGUAAAAGCAGCAUAAUAUCAGAUACUAACAGCAACACUAAUCUUGAAAAAGAGGGUUUUAUACAUGACAUCCAGGCUUAUUCUUCAAAA